AUGUCCAACUUCAUUGCUGUCGACGUCUUCGCUGCUAUUGGUGUCGCCCUUCUCAUCCCGAAAGUGUACGGACUCACCCGCUUCGUCUGGACCUACUACCUCCGCCCGAGCUCCAUCAAACGCUACCUCCAUGGCGAGCGCCCCUACGCCCUCGUGACUGGAGCCACCGACGGCAUAGGCAGCUCUGUUGCAGCCGAGCUCCUCAAAAGUGGCUUCAACAUCAUCAUUCACGGUCGAAGCGAGGUUCGUAUGGAGAAGGCCGUUGCUCGUCUGCGCCAGGAAGUUCCCUCGGCCAAGGACCUGGACAUCAAGUACUUCCUCGCGGACGCGUCUAAGAGCGACCUCAACUUUGAAACGAUGAUUGCGCCUUUCAAAGACCUACAUAUCACCUGGGUGUUGCAUAACGUGGGGAAUUCAGACACCACUUCCGAGAGGCUCGACGAACGCCCUCAAGAGUACAUUAUCGAGGUUACCAAUCGCAAUGCCCUCUUCGCGACCCACCUCAUCCGCGUCCUCCUUCCCACCCUCCGCCGCGCCGCGUCCGCCGGCGGCCCCGUCCUCGUCCAGUUCACUGGCUCGAUCACCGCCGACAUCGCCCCCGCCCGCCUGCCGAUCUACGCCGCCUCGAAGGGCUACCUCCGCGCCCUCGCCCGUGGGCUCGACAACGACGAGCUAUACUUUUCCAAGGAGGACGGCGCGCCAACUGGGGUUCGCUUCGCGUACCUCGCCGUCGGCGGGGUCCACUGCGAGAGCCACCUCACGCCGAUGCCGGUCAGCCUGGUCACCCCGCACCGAAACAGCCUCGCGCGGAACCUCGUCCGGCUGUCGGGCGCGCAGGACGGGAGCAGGGUGCUCGCGCCGUGGCAUGUGCACGCGAUGGUCCGGUGGGCAUCUGACAAUCUGCUGCCGGCGUGGAUCCUCGACAACGCGAGCGCGGAGGAGAUGAAGACGCUGAUCGAAGCGGCGAAGCGGAACAACGGGGCAUGGGAGGCGGCGAGGGAAGGAGCCUAG